AGGUGGUACUGCUGGAUGCUGCCUGGCAGCACGCUUGUCAGAGGAUCCAGAUGUGUCUGUUUUGCUGGUAGAGAAAGGCGGGGUCGAAGACACAUGGGCCUCUCGGGUACCAUUUCUCUCUUCCAAUCCCUACGGCGGCAGUAAAAUCGUGAAGCACUGGUCAUCGUUACCCAUGGAACACCUGGACAACCGGUCUGUGGCCCUGAUCCGAGGCGAUGGGCUGGGAGGCACGUCCCGUGUCAAUACCCUUCUUUAUACACGAGGCGCUCCCUUGGAAUAUAACCACUGGAAGAAUAUGGGGCACAGCGCUUGGGGAUAUGACGAAUUGAAACCGUAUUUUGUGAGAUCAGAGAAGUCACUAAGUCAUUCCAAGUCGGAUUUCCACGGAGGAGAUGGUCCCUGGGAGAAUCAAACUUUUCCCGACUUGCAGUUUGAAGUGUUGAAGCAUGUUAGACCAGCCGCCGCAGCGCUCGGUAUCCCUGAGAUACCCGAUAUCAACGCGCCAGAUGCGCCGCCCGUGGGUUGUGCAAUGCUCGAUGUCUCUAUUGAUGCUAGUAUGCGUCGAGCUUCUACCUACAGUGCUUUCCUUCCCGCGGACGUCGCGUUUCCUAGAAAGGAGCGCCUCAAAAUCUGUACGCGAAGCAUCGUGACAGGCAUCGAAGUUGCGACGGAAAGCAGUGGUCUCCGUGCCAAGGGUAUCUACUUUGAGAGGCUGGACCCAAGCUCGAAGACAUUCUAUGCCAGGGCGAAGAGGGAGGUCGUCUUGUGCUGCGGAGCACUGGGCUCCCCUCAGUUGUUGAUGCUCAGCGGCAUCGGACCUAAAGAACACCUCCAGGAUCACGGUAUAAGUGUGGUGCGGGACAUGCCUGGGGUGGGCAGUCACUUACAAGAUCACAUAGAUAUACCUGUCACGUUCGAAACCCCCAUAGAAGAUUCAUUGCAUGUUCUCCUAGUGCAACCUUGGCGCGCUGUAUCUCAACUCGCCAAGUACUUCAUAUCCUCCAAGGGCCUGUUUGCUAUGCCCGUGACCCAAAUGGCGGUGUUCGUGAAGUCGUCCCUCCUGGAUGACAACUCGGAAAUUAGGACUAGAGUGCCAGAAGAUGAAGACAAUGUCGCUGACAUUGAGAUCAAGGCGAUUCCAGUCAACGGCUCUCACAUCCAGUAUCCGAAGCUCGGCGUGUUCUCCCUCUUACCGGGUCUCGUCCGCCCCAAGUCUACUGGCCGAGUGAUGCUGGCUUCCACGAACCCCCGGGACCAUCCCGCGGUAGAUCUUGGAUUUCUCAGCACCGCGGAAGACUACGCAGUGCUUCGGAAGGGCGUCAAAUUGGCCCUGCGACUAGGCGAACAGAUUCGCUUGCAAGGCUACCCCUUAAAGAAUCUGCAAGCUUUGGAAGGCCAGAGUGAUGAAGGCCUCGACUCGUUCAUACGUGCGCACGCUCGGAGCGGUUUCCACUAUUCUUGCACAUGCAGGAUGGCGCCAGAGACCGACCCCGUCCACCCGGGAGUCGUGGACGAUGAGCUGAGGGUAUACGGGAUUCAUGGACUUCGGGUUUGCGACACGUCGAUAUUCCCUGAGAUUUUGUCCGCUCAUACAAUGGCGCCUGCCGUUGUGGUGGCAGAAAAGUGCGCUGAUAUGAUGAAGUCUGCUCCUUCCAGUGGUACAUAG